AAUCUGAUCACAGCUUUCCAGUUGACGGUGUACAAGAGGACAGCCAGUAGAGGAGACUUCGUAUUUUCUGCUGAUCGUCUGAUCAGACUUGUGGUUGAAGAGGGACUGAAUCAGCUACCAUACACAGAAUGUACAGUGACCACUCCAACAGGAUACAAGUAUGAAGGAGUGAAAUUUGAAAAGGGAAACUGCGGAGUCAGCAUUAUGAGAAGUGGAGAGGCAAUGGAACAAGGUUUACGAGACUGCUGUAGAUCAAUCCGCAUAGGAAAAAUCCUGAUACAGAGUGAUGAAGAGACUCAGAGAGCGAAAGUGUACUAUGCUAAGUUUCCACCAGACAUUUACAGGAGAAAAGUUCUUCUUAUGUACCCAAUACUAAGCACCGGUAAUACUGUAAUUGAGGCUGUAAAAGUUCUUAUAGAACAUGGCGUACAACCAAGUGUCAUUAUCCUGCUAAGCCUAUUCUCCACACCUCAUGGUGCCAAAUCUAUCAUCCAGGAAUUUCCAGAGAUCACAAUUUUAACUACAGAAGUUCACCCUGUUGCACCAACACACUUUGGACAGAAGUAUUUUGGAACGGACUGACAUUUGGAACAAACUGAUAUGGCUGUAUGAUAUUACAAAAGUGGUUUUUUUUGUUGUUUUUUGUUUUUUCUACGUUUUAUUACUUGUAGCAGAGCUGGUCGCAGGCAUAUGUAAAAAUCUUUUUGGCCAAGGGGGGAAAUAUUUGACCUAUAUAUUUCUUCUAGUUGGUUACUGCUUGAACACUGAAUCAGGUGCAGUAACACAGCACCCUGAAUCAGUACAAACUGAAAUCAUCUUUAUGUUGUGCUUGUAUAAAUUGCUACACUCUCUGCUUUAACUUAUUUAUUCUAGGCUAGAGCCUGUUCUGUGGCUGCUUGCAAGAGCAAAAUAAAACUAAAUUGUCAAAGCGUGUAUUAA